AACGCCACGAGCGAUGGCCACAAGCACCAAUCGCGAAAGGAAUUUCGUAGCGUUUAACUUUGGGGUCAGGGUCUCAGUCUGUUACGAUGCAGCCAAUCAGAUUCGCUAAAUUCCUGACAGAGGUAAGCUGUGUCCAAUCGGAUUGUAAUAUCAGGUUUUCUUCCUGUAGGGGGGCAUUUGCUACCUGUGUGAAUGGGCGAGUUCGAAAGGAGGAGUUUGUGGGGUGAGAGAGAAACUGUAUUUUUCCCCAGGAAUUAAAACAAACAUGUUUUUCUUAAGAAAAAAAGGGCCGAGUAGAAUGUAGUUAAAGGGCAAUGACGCUUCUAUGCGUGUUUCUUACGCCUCUCUCUUUACGGAGAACGAAACGCCUGCGCCGGUGCCCCCGUUUUUGGAUGGAAAAGGCCGACGGAGAGCAGGAUGACUGAGAGCUAGGCGCCGCUGGCGGUCCGAGGAGAAGCGGCGGAAAAAGCGGAGAAGGGGCCGCCGCAGAGCGCCUGACGCGGAAGGAGAGCCGCGCGGGCUCCGGUCGGUACAGGACGCGCCGCCGCGCUGCGGCCGCGCCGCCUAAGUUAAGGCGCUCCCGCACGGGGCCUAGCUGCCUGGCGGCUAAGCCAGAGACAGUAGUCGGUGGUUUCGUUUGGUUUUGUUUUUAUUUGGUAGCCGAAGCUCGGAUAGCCUUCGGCCGGUGCUUAGGCGUCCGCUCCACCGGCUUGUCGGCGUAUCCAGCACUGUGCCUGGGCUUUCCCCACCCAAACGGCUGGUAAGACCAUGUCGGAGUGUCGGCGAGCCGUCGGGAAUUAGGUAGGGAGCUGCGUUUAGGGAGCAGAAAGCUGCAUGUAGCUGCCUGAGUCCGCUGGCCGAGCUAGCCGAAUACCCUUAUCAGGGCGGCGGGGCUGCCGGCAACCCCCUGGUUUGUUAUCGGAUGCGUGGGUGCCCAAGGCUGACUGCUCGUGUAGGAUACAUCCCCAGGAGGGUCUGUGUUAAAUGCAGCUAGCCAAAGCAACAAUAAAACAAGCCCACCCUCUCUCAAAAAUCCGGAUUUCUGUCUUGGUAGCACCAAUAAUAAGGGCAUGUUGAGUUAAGUAGAACCAUGGCAGUAGAGAUUAUCAAAGAUUUAGCUUGUAAAUAUGAGGAACCGAAAUCCUCGUGUCCCCUAAAGGGUAUCCAUAAUUAAUCAGGUAAAUAUCGCCCAGCGUUAACUUUUGAUACUUCAUUGAUAGUAGCUAACAUAUCUGGUUCAAAAACACAAGCAAAGGUUUACAUUUUUUUUCCCAUUAGAUCUGUAUUUUUGUGGCUGUUUCUCAGGGUUAUAAAGUCGCAGACCCAUUCAUGGUUCAUGUUCGUUUAACGUUCUUGUUUAUGCUUGAUUUUAAUGGACGUUUGUAUUUGGGUAAACAAAGUUUGACUAGUUAACUGGCACAGUAAGUUAGAGGGCCAAAAGUUCUACGGGGUGUUAUAAUCUAUCAUUGCUGCUUUCUGUCAGGACGUGCAAUGGUAUUUGGCUGAUUACAUGUUUAGUUAUUCCAAGCAAUAAAUUAAAAAGCCAUUAUUGAUGCAUUAAUAUUUAUAUAAAGAUAAAGUGAUUCUGGAAGGAUCAGAGAUCCUCUACUCUCAUUACUAAAGCCACAAUAUGAUCUACAGCAGUUGUACAUUGAUAGUUUGAAGGAUAGGUAUUAUUCUUUAUUAUUAUUUAUUGAGGUGUAUUAUCUUAACGUGCUGGGAAAUAGAAGAAACCAAACUUUUUUUUCCCCCCUUUGCCGAUGAAUGUUUUUAUUUUCUCCUUGAGUCACCAGUGUGCCAAAUUAUUGCCCAGAUAAUAAGCGAGAGGCUUUGUGUUUUGAAGAAUAGCCCAGUGGAAUUGCCAUACCUGCUGGAAAAGGACAUGUGAGUUUUUUCCUGCGUGACAACUGCAGGAAACCCGUGGAGUGUUUUUCUUGGACGAGCCUGCCCCCCCCCUCCCACCCCUCUCAAAAGCCUGCCAGUGGUUUUUAUGGAGCACCAGGCACUGUCGGGCCACAGGAAGGGGCAACACUGACCAGCAAGAGGUGGCCUUUCAGGAGUGAGGGGUCUGGACCCUCGCUCGCUUUCUAGAAGGAACGAUGGGCUCUCAAGCGCUUCAGAUACUGCGUCAGGGGGUUUGGGCAUCACUUACAGGGGGCUGGUAUGUGGACCCACAUCAGAGUACCUUCUCCAACUGCUUUCACCUCUACCUCUGGAUCUUUCUCUUGACGUUCCCGUUCCUCCUCUACAUGGCACUGCCACCCAGUCUAGUUGUGGCCGGGGUCUAUUGCCUGGUUGUGGCCGCCUUCUUCACAGCCAUCAAGACAGUGAACUUCCGUCUGCACGCCAUGUUCGACCUGGGGGAGAUAGUAGAGAAGCGACAGGCCUCCCUGACAGCAGAGGGUGCCCGAGCGGAUGAUGGAGAUGAGGGCACCGCUGGCCCCGACAGGAACCAGCACAGGGACAGUGCGGCCGGCGUUGAAAUGACGGUGUUCCGGAAGGUCAACUCGACCCCUCCUGUCCGAUGCAGCUCCCAGCACUCUCUUUUUGGGUUAAACCAAGUCUCGGAAUUUCUGCCCCAGCUUGAUGACACCGGAGGCUCCAAAGACCUCAAGGAGUUGGUGCGAGAGCACGGCCAUAGUGCCAUUGUCACCGCGGCGCAUAGAGACCUGCUCCGGCAUGGGUCCCAGGACACAGUCCGCGCUGCUGGAGUGGUCCAGUCCUGCCUGGUCGCCACCCUGGGGGGCGAGUUCCCCGGCCUAAUGGGCCCGAAUGGGGUGGUGCCGGGCAGCUUCGUCGGUCCCCUGUCCGGAGAAUGUCCCUCCAUCCCCCCAUCACCCUCCAGCCAAGAGGAGGGAGAGGACAAGGAGCGGGAGGAGGACGAAGCGGAGCAGUUGGCGGAUCGCAUGUCCAAAAGGAGUCCUGAAGAGGAGGGGGCGGGAGGUUACUCGCCGCUGGGGCCCUCGGCAGAGUCUGGGAGCCUGGGCGACGCCCCGCUCAGUCCUCUACUGAAGAGUAGCCUGAGUGAGGAGCUGAGUGAGAACCUUCUGGGCUUGGGGCUCCACCCGGGCCCUUUCGCCCCCGACCGGGAGACCCUGAGCACGGUGAGCAGCUACCGCAGUGAGAAGACCGAUUCCACGCAGCUGGAGAGCCCGUCCCUGAGUCUGAGCCGGUCUGCACCGCUGGGCGCUGCUUUGGCCGUCGAGGGCCCCCUGCCGGGCUCCGGCGCCCCGGUGGGCAUGGAGGGCCCGGCGCUGCACGGCGGCAGCGACACCGACGACCUCUCCGACAGCGAACUAUUGCGCUCCCCUUCCAAAGACCCCUCGCUGGGGCAGGGCCUGGACCGCACACUGGUGGAAGGCGACGACCUGCCCUGCCUGCCCCAGGAGCUCACGCAGCCCGUGCCCCUGCAAGACUCCUCGCCCUCCAGCAGCGGGCGCUCCGACGCCUGCGACCUGGAGCGGGGAGUUUCCCUGCCCCCCCUACCGCCGCCCCGGCAGGCUAGCUCGGUGCCAGCGGGCCUGGCUCUGGGACUGGGCUGCUCGGAGCCCGCCCUGCCCAUAACUCCCCCUCCCUUCCUGCUGUCCACCCAAGUACCCCUGCAGACACAGCAAGUGGUUCGCCCCAAAGACCUGAAGCAGUUACGGGCAGCCGGGGUGGGCGGUGGGGGCGGCGCGCUGCACCGGCCUGGCCGCCGGAAAGCGCCGCGCAAGCGGGGCGGAGCGGGCAGCGGCAGCUUCGAUUCGGGUUCCUACCGCCGACAGCACGGGCGGGGGCAGCACGGGCGGGGGCAGCACAGGGACUACAUCCCCGUACGCAGCCGUCUGGGCCCCAAGGCGUACAGCGAGAGCCUGUUCGAGGACUCCACCGACGAGGACGACGACGGCAGCGAGGGCAGCGACCUGAGUGCCGGCUCCAGCCUGGGCUCGCAGCGCCGCUACAGCUCCGACGACGACUCCAGCUCCUCCACCUCCUGCUACUCCCCAGACUCCGCUACCGCGGGCCUCCCAGCCCCGCCCACCCUUUGCACUCAGCUGUCCAGUCCCGGUGAAGGGGAGGUCGCCGAUUCGAUUGGCUCCUCCCACUCCCGGGCGGCCCAGAGGUCGGCCAGCACAGCGAGCGCGAAGACGCACGCCAGGGUGCUCAGCAUGGACGGUGCCGGCGGGGGUCACUCCAGCUCCGGAGUCCUUCCCCCAGCCGCCCUGCCUCUGCCUCCGUCCGUCCCCCCCGCCCAGCGUCCGCUCACCCUUUCCAAGUCCGACCUGGAGGCACGCACGGUCCAUUUGGACGGGUUCCCUGGGGUCCAUCAUCGCCUGGAAGCCAUCGAAGGUUCCUGGGCCGGUAAUCAGACUGGCUGGCGGGCGGCCGACCUGCUGGAGGAAGGAGCCAUCGGAGGAGCCCUGGCUCCCGAGGACAGCGGCAAGCGGGACGCCGUCAGCAGCAUGAAGAGGGCGCAGGCCAUCCGCAGGCGACACAACGCGGGCAGCAACCCCACGCCCCCGCCCUCCGCCAUGGGCUCCCCCCCGAGGGCACUGUUUUCCAAUCCCGUCGUCAGGGAGCUCAGGCGCUCCGCGUUUCUGCUCCGCCCCAACUGUCAAUGCAUCCGAUCGAGGUUUUCGGUGUUUAAGAUCGGCAGGGAGAGCUCAGAAACGCGCUCUGUCCGGGAGCCCCGGCGGAUUGGGUCGGGCAACACUUACAGGGCAGGGCAGACUGACUCGCGAGUUUGUACUUACAGCCUGCAGGACCUCCGGCGGGCUCGCACCUCCUCCCGCUCCCGGACACUCACCCUGCCCUCCGCACUCCAGUUUGCCUCCUCCCUCCUCCUGCCGCGUGGGGGGGUCCACGAGGCCUCCACCUUCGACGACACAUCCGAGGGGGCCGUGCACUACUUCUAUGACGAGAGCGGAGUGAAGAGGUCUUACACUUUUGGCCCUGCUGGAGGCGGAUAUGAGGACCCAGUGCAGGAGCGGGACAGACAGUCCCAGUCCUCAAGCUUCACUUCCACAGAUGUCCAGGAGGGGGCGCCAGUGCUCUCCAUGCUGCAGCCGCGACCUGUCGUCCUGCAAGGGAUGCAGGUCCGCAGGGUGCCGCUGGAAAUCCCAGAGUUUGACCUGGACCACGAGUCACUGCACGAGUCUCAGGAGAACACGCUCAUGAUCGAGGAGAAGGCCAAGCCCAAACAGUACUACCGCUUCUGGGUGCUGCCGGGGAAGUGGCUGCGGGUUCGCUAUGACCGCCUGGCCCUCCUCGCGCUAUUGGACAGGAACCGCCGCCUGGCGGAGAACGUGUUCGCCGUGGUGCUGUCCAGCCUGGUGGCCUUCCUAGGUUUCCUCCUGCUUCUGCAGGGCUUUUUCAGGGACAUCUGGGUCUUCCAGUUCUGCUUGGUCAUCGCCAGCUGCCAGUACUCCUUGCUGAAGAGUGUGCAGCCCGACGCAGCCUCGCCUAUGCAUGGACAUAACUGGAUCAUCGUGUACAGCCGCCCGGUGUAUUUCUGCUUUUGCUGCAUCCUCAUCUGGCUCUUCGACCUGGGGGGCAACUCCGGGCCCCUGCAGUCCUUCACCCUCUAUGGCGUCACCUUCUUCUCGGGCCCCUUCCUGCUCUGUGCCCGGGACGUGCUCAUAGUGUUCACCCUCUGCUUCCCCGUGGUAUUCCUGUUCGGGCUCCUACCUCAGGUGAACACAUUCCUGAUGUGUCUGCUGGAGCAGACGGACAUGCACGUCUUCGGAGGCACCGCCACGACCAGCCCCCUGUCGUCCCUGUACAGCCUGUCCCGCAGCCUGCUGGUGGCUGCGCUCCUCUACGGAUUCUGCCUGGGCGCCAUAAACGCGCCCUGGGAGGAGCCACACGUGCCGGUGCUGUUCUCCGUCUUCUGUGGCCUGAUCGUGGCCCUGUCCUACCACCUCAGCCGGCAGAGCAGUGAUCCCACCGUGCUCUGGUCCCUCAUCCGCUCCCGUUUUUUUCCUGAGCUGGAGAGCCGCAGUCCGGAGGAGCCCCCCCAAGAGAUUAAGGACCCCCUCCCGGAGAAGCUGCGUGCGUCUGUGAGGGAGACCCUUCAUUCUGACCUGGUCAUGUGCCCCCUCAUGGCCAUCAUCACAUUCGCCAUUAGUGCCAGCACCGUCUUCAUUGCAUUGCAGCCCGCCCUCAGCAUCGUCCUCUACUUCGUGGCCGGGGUUGUGGGCUUCCUGACCCAUUACCUGCUGCCGCAGCUCCGCAAACAGCUGCCCUGGUUCUGUUUGGCCCACCCGGUACUGCGCUCGCGGGAGUACAGCCAGUUCGAGGUCCGGGAGGCUGCCCAGCUGAUGUGGUUCGAGAAGCUGUACGCCUGGCUGCAGUGCGCGGAGAAGUUCGCCAUCUACCCGGCCGUCGUGCUCAACUUCCUGACCACAGAGGCGCAGCGGGCCAGUUCGCACACGGACCAGUUCUGCUGCAUUUACACCCAUGCCCUCUUCAUCUCCGUGGCCGGCAUGAAGCUGCUGCGCUCCUCCUUCUGCACGCCGUCCCAGCAGUACGUCACCCUCUGCUUCACCGCCCUCUUCUUCCACUUCGACUACCCGGCCUUCUCAGAGACCCGCCUGCUCGACUACUACUUCAUGUCCAUCCUCUUCAGUAAGCUGUGGGACCUCCUGUACAAGCUGCGAUUCGUGCUCACCUACAUCGCGCCUUGGCAGAUAACCUGGGGCUCCGCCUUCCACGCCUUCGCACAGCCCUUCGCCGUGCCUCACUCGGCCAUGCUCUUCAUCCAGGCCAUGUUCUCCGCCUUCUUCUCCACCCCUCUGAAUCCCGUGCUGGGCAGUGCCGUCUUUGUCACCUCCUACACCAGGCCCGUCAAGUUCUGGGAACGCGACUAUAACACUAAGCGGGUGGAUCAUUCGAACACACGCCUGGCCACUCAGCUGGAUCGCAAUCCAGGUGCGGACGACAACAACCUGAACUCCAUCUUCUACGAGCACCUGACCCGCUCGCUUCAGCACAGCCUGUGCGGUGACCUCCUCCUCGGCCGCUGGGGGAACUACAGCACAGGCGACUGCUUCAUCCUGGCCUCUGACUACCUCAACGCCCUGGUGCACAUCAUCGAGAUCGGCAACGGGCUCGUCACCUUCCAACUGAGGGGCCUCGAAUUCCGGGGGACGUACUGCCAACAGCGGGAGGUGGAGGCCAUCACGGAGGGCGUGGAGGAGGACGAGGGCUGCUGCUGCUGCGAGCCGGGCCACCUGCCGCACCUGCUCUCCUUCAACGCGGCCUUCAGCCAGCGCUGGCUGGCCUGGGAGGUGGCCGCCACCAAGUACGUGCUCGAGGGCUACAGCAUCAGCGACAACAACGCCGCCUCAAUGCUGCAGGUGUUCGACCUGCGCAAGAUACUCAUCACCUACUACGUGAAGAGCAUCAUCUACUACGUGAGCCGUUCGGCCAAACUGGAGGAGUGGCUGGCCAGCGAGUCUGUGCUGGAAGCCCUGAGGCCUUGUCAAGCCCCCGGCUACGUGGACAGCGAUCCCACUUUCAACCUGAACAUCGACGAGGACUACGACCACCGUGCGGCCGGAAUCACGCUGACCGCCUUCUGUUCCGUCUACCUGGACUGGAUCCAGUACUGCAACAGCCGAAGGGCGACGCCCGUGGACGGCGAGAAGGAGUCCCCUCUGGUCACCCUCUGCUUCGGGCUGUGCAUCCUGGGACGCCGGGCAUUGGGGACAGCCUCCCACAGCAUGUCGGCCAGCCUGGAACCCUUCCUCUACGGCCUCCAUGCUCUCUUCAAGGGCGACUUCCGCAUAACCUCUCCCAGGGACGAGUGGGUGUUUGCCGAUAUGGACCUGCUGAACAGGGUCGUGGCACCGGGCGUGAGGAUGUCUCUGAAGCUGCACCAGGACCACUUCACGUCUCCUGACGAGUACGAGGACCCCGUGGUGCUGUACGAUGCCAUCACAGCCAACGAGGAGAAGAUGCUGAUUUCCCACGAGGGCGACCCCGUGUGGCGAGGCGCUAUCCUGGCCAACAUGCCCUCGCUGCUGGCCCUCAGGCACGUCAUGGAUGACGGCAGCGACGAGUACAAGAUCAUCAUGCUCAACAAGAGGUUCCUCAGCUUCCGGGUCAUCAAGGUGAACAGGGAGUGUGUGCGUGGCCUGUGGGCGGGGCAGCAGCAGGAGCUGGUCUUCCUGCGCAACCGCAACCCGGAGCGCGGCAGCAUCCAGAACGCCAAGCAGGCCCUGCGCAACAUGAUCAACUCGUCCUGCGACCAGCCCAUCGGAUACCCCAUCUACGUGUCGCCACUGACCACGUCCUACGCCGGCUGCCACGCCCAGCUGCGCAGCGUCUGGGGGGGGCCAGUCAGUCCCCGCAACAUCUACACGUGGUUCAUCAGCAGCUGGGACAGGCUGCAGAAGGGAUGCGGGGCCGGAUGCAACAGCGGGGGCAACAUUGAGGAUUCUGACUGCGGUGGCGGCUCCAGCUCCAUCGGCAACAACCCAGCCCCACACCCCCCCCAGGGCGCGGCGACACAGACCACAGGGGCGUCCACAAUCCCCCAUUCGCACCUGACCACCAUCCAGCCGCCCCUGGGAAGCGACAACCUGCCUGCAACCAGCUGGCCGCACCACCCUCAACCACUCCCCCUGGCCCUGCUCAGCCAAUCGGAGGCCAGGAGGGAGGCGGGCCUGGCGCCCUCGCUGCACCGCACCUCCUCCGUCCAGGGACUGCUGGGUCAGCCCCUGUCCAGCUCCCAGCUCUCCUUCAGCGGCACGGAGCGCCUCUGUGCAGGCACCACACAGGACUGCCCCGGGCACUACCCGCAGCGAGGACCCCAGAGGGCCGUGCUGAGCCUGGGGCUGAGUGGCGGGGGCCUACCCUACGAGGUCCUGUAUGGGAAAUUGGGCCUUUCGGGGAGAAAGGGCUUUAAUGGGUGUGCAGCCGGAGAAAUAGAUGGGCCUCAGCCAAUAAGAACCCAGCCUGCUCCUUCCAUCCCUUCACCUGAAGUAGGGGCCUCCCCAGAUCCGAUGGGGGCGCCCUUGUCCGGCGAGACCACCCCCCGGAGCACAGGGGACGGCUCCACGUCCCACGACGGCUCCACAGAACUGCCUUUACUGGAGCACCUGCGCUGACUCGCCUGCCGAGAUGCGGAGACUCGCAGCCAAAGCUAACCCGCCCGACUGCCCGUCUCGCUGCCGCAGGUCCGGUCGCGUCUGCCGGCUCCCAGCCUGGCUUCCCAAAGUCAUUCCAGUGAGCUUCGGAUCCGAGCGAGCGAGGACAACGGGGGGUACCUCGGUAUCCCGACGACGACCCAUGACUUCCCGAUUCUGUUACCCUGCAAUACUGGAAGCACAUCAGCCUCACCGGAGCUCGUGUCCACGAGUGUCUGCUGCUUCUGCUUAUCCCGCCCAGAACCCUGGAGUUGGACCCAUCUCUCCAAAUCUUCAGCAUCCAAAUUUUUGUCUACAGCUUAGAGAGGAUCCAGUGUUUAACGCCAGUGCAGUCGCGUGUGUGGGCGUGUGUGGUCUCGACCGGCCGUUUCCUUGACGCUUCCCUGUCCAGUAUUCAAGCAGCCAGCAGAAACGCAAAUGCAAGGGAAGUCUGCUGCUCCUCUGCGACUCCUGUGCUCGUACCUCCCGCCCACGCUCGUUCUUGCCUGUUCUUCAUGCACAGGGUACAGAGCACGGCGCUCUAGGUACCUGUGGCGGGUGGCACUUGGAAUCGCCGCGACGCGGAGGAGGACAGAGGAUCGGCGGGGGGGGGGGGGCGGGGUUCUCACGGGACUGCCGGACAUUUCAGAUGCUACGUUUCCAGAGACGCGAGGCUGGAAUCACACGUUCCACACAUUCCAGGAAGACUGGCUGUUACUUUGUCGUUACUGCUUGAGCCGGGAGCCCCCCCUCGUGCGCCGGCCUGUACCCACACCGUUACCAGCCAGUACACCCAUCGCCAAGACCGUUCUGCCAGCUUCUGAGCUUCAGGGAUUCCUCUCUUUCUCUCUCUCUCGUUUCCCCUCCUGCGUUUGCCACCUCCUGAGUGUCCUGGAUGUCAGCGUCCCGCCACCCUCGGGGUUAUCGCGUCUGUCAUGCGUUUACAGCCUCGCGCCGCUGGGGCAGCCGGGGACCACGAUGCAGCCGCGCAGGCAGAGACUAAGAGAGUUCCUGACAUCACCACAGAUAUGCAGUAGUUGCGCUGUUGCCGGUGCUGGCUGUCACUGCAGCAUGUUCGAUAGUUUUAUUUCUGUAUUAGUUUUUUUCUUUUUAUUAAAAAUAUAUAUAUGGUUGAAAAAGGAUGUUUUACCAGAGGACUUGUUUACUUCUAGAUUUUGAGGCUGAGGUGUGGCAGAGGGAUCAUCCUGUCCUCUGAUUGGCUCGCCUCUUUUUGUGGGCGGGACCCAGACCAUGCCCCUCGUGGCUGUAGAGUGCAAUAGCUGGCCCAGAGCUUUGCUUCGCUUUUGCUCUGGAGAAGCAGACGCCUAUCCUACGGCUAAUUAAUGCUACUAGAUCUUCUGCAACUACUCAUAUAACUACUGUUCCAAGUACUUUUACCUCCAGUGUUUUAGCUGGAAGCACAUGAGAAUAAAGGUGUUGGGUAUGGGGGGGGUGGAGAAGUUUUGACGUAUUUAUUUGGUGACUGGUCUAGCUUGGGGGUGCAAGCUAAGGGUUGGUUCACUCGUGUUGUUGACGUGUUUGAGGGAAGAGGACUUUCUGCAUAUCAGCCACACAGCAGUGUUGGUAAAGUAACUUUACCUUCGCAUAUCAAGUGUUAACUGUAGUUUUCUCGCCCCUCGGUAUAACUGGAACUGUGGCAUAGGUAAGCCACUGUUAUUCUGGUGCUGCUGUUUUGGUGAGGUUCCGUGUUCCGAUCUCAAUCUAGCCUCACUCUUCCCUCGAAGUUAAUCACGUUUUAGGAUUUCGGUGGGGUCUUUUGGAAGGUGCUUGUUUGUCCUUUGGGGUGUAGCGUGUUGAGGGAUGUGUGUGUCUUGUGUAGGAGGAGAUCGCACGUGGUCCUUUGCGUUGGAGACCGUGUCUGCUGCAGAAAGCCGACCCGUGUGGAGAUGGACUCGUGGCCGGUGGGCCUGGAUCACGUAAGGUGAAGGAGACCCGGCUGUGACGGAGCAGGUUUUAUGGGGUUAUAGCACAUAUGAUAAAAUCACUCCAUUUAGAGGCAUCUUUAAGUGACUCUUAAUUUGAAAUGGAUUUGUCUUGGAUUUUGCAAUCUCUUCUGUCAUCAGCUCCUCAUUUGAUUAAGGAAGCGUCUAAUUUCUCUAUCUGGCAUUUGUUUCGUCGGCCCGGGCCCGGACUAUUCACAAUACAUCCUCGUUCUGGAUGAUUCUCAGUGGGUGAUGAUGGCUGCCUCAUAUGGGGGGGGGCACUGCCUCAGA